CCAAAACAAGCGGAAAAAAUUUGCGAAAUUUAGCCACGCGACACACUGAUAUCUAUAUUAUACGAGUAUACUGUACAUGUAGUUUACGUUUAGUAUUAUUUAAAGUAUUGUUGUUAAUUUCUUUCGAUCUAAAUUUUUGAAUUUGUGCAGCAUUGAUUAUCCGAAAAAGAAAGAUGGAUGAGCUGGACUUACUGCAACUUCUUGAUUCCGCUUUUCCUAUUGGAUCUUAUGCUCAUUCUGGCGGUUUUGAAGCAUUGUGCAAGUUGACGGAUACUGGAUUUCCAAACAGAACUAAUUUGAAUCUUUCGUCACCCGAAGCAUUUUCCACUUUGGAUAGACUAAUAUUGUCGAUUUUGGACAAUACUGGGUCACUGCAUAUUCCCUUUCUUCGGGAUGCCUUCCUGAAUGCCGAUACCAUAAAAAUAAUUGCGGAGAUCGAUGCAAGAUUGCACAUAAUGAUGAGCAACCAUGUUGCAAAACGAGCCAGCUUGCAACAGGGCAAAUCUUUGGCUUCCACCAGUGCUCAGGUUUUUAUCAAGCAUCGUUAUUCCCUCAACAUGCAUGAUAUUAACUCUGCCAUCUCGUCCCAUCAAAUGGCAGGACAUUUUCCUGUUGUUUUUGCAUGCAUGUGUCGAUUUCUUGGAGCCACUCUGGAACAAACAGCACGAUAUUAUCUAUUUGGACAGUUAAGGACUGUUUUAGGGAGCGCCGUGCGGAUGGGCAUAAUUGGACCAUUAAAAGGCCAAGAAAUACAAAACCGUUUUCAACGAGAUCUGGUUCCUUUAUCAGAAAAGUAUGCACUAUGGAGUUCGUUAUGCAGAUUUCUUAAAUGCUAUAAAGCUGUGUUUCUUAAUUAUCACAGAUAUCUGGCAGUUCCGGAGCCAUGUAUCUGCAAUCCAGUUUUGGAAGUUAUUCAAAGCGCACACGAUAAACUUUUUGCAAAAUUAUUUUAUUCGUAAACGUUUUUCUG